AUGCCUUUCUUGGGGGGCUCUGGGGGAGAAACUUACUCUUCUGAAGUGUCUGUACCUGUGCUCAGUCGCAUCUCUUUGCGACCCCCAGGGACUGCAGCCCCCCAGGCUCAGCUGUCCAUGGAAUUUUCCAGACAAGAAGGCCAGACAGGUUGCCACUUCCUACUCCAGGAGAUCUUCCCAACCCAGGGAUCAAACCCUUGUCCCUUGCAUCUCCUGCAUUGGCAGGCUAAUUCUUUACCACUGUGCCACCUAGAUGUUGCUGGCAGUUCUGGGUGUUCCUCAGGCUGUGGAUACAUCUCUCCAGCAUUCCAUGAAGUUUUCUCUGUGUGUCUUUUCCCUUCUUACAAAGACACCGUUUACCUUGGAUUAGGGCUCACACUUCACCUCAUCUUAACUUGA